UUAUCCCUUUAAUUAAUUAAUAUUUUUUUUUGAUAGAAAGUUAUUUUUAAUUAUUAAAAAUAUAUAAUUCGGACCUUAAAUACUACAAUAUUAAAUGGUACCAUCUGAAAAAAAAAAACUUUAGUCAAGGAUUAUUGCAAUAUAUUCACGAUCACUAUUCUCAUGUUCAGUUACUAGUCUCACCAAUCUCCACUUUUCUCACCACCCAAACAUAUUUCCAGAAGGUUAAGAAUGGCCCAGGCUGCACAAAACACAGUGGUUCAACAACACAAAGUGAUAGUACCAAACAAGUAUGGGGAAAAACUGGUGGGCUUAUUGCAUGAAACUGGAUCUUUGGAGAUUGUAAUCAUUUGCCAUGGUUUUCGAUGCACUAAGGAAGGUAGAAUACAGGUGAACUUGGCUGCUGCAUUGGAAAAUGAAGGAAUCAGUGCUUUUCGUUUUGACUUUUCUGGAAAUGGGGAAAGUGAAGGUACAUUUGAGUUUGCAUACUAUGGGAGAGAAGCUGAUGAUUUGCAUUCUGUAAUUGAGCACUUUUCUGCAGCUAAUCGCGUAAUAGCUGGAAUUGUUGGACAUAGUAAAGGAGGUGAUGCGGUUCUCAUGUAUGCAUCAAAAUAUCAUGAUAUCCGCACGGUUGUCAAUCUUUCUGGGCGUUAUGAUCUAAAGAGUGGCAUUGCAGAACGCUUUGGAGCAGAUAUCAUGCAAAAACUUGGGGAGAGUGGAUAUAUUGACGUCAAAGAUGAGAAAAGUGGUGGCAGUUAUCGUGUGACCAAGGAAAGUGUGAUGGAUCGUCUGAAUACUGAUAUGCACGCAGCAUGUCUUCAAAUCGACAAAGAUUGCAGGGUCUUGACAGUCCACGGAACAGGGGACGAGAUCAUUCCAGUUCAAGAUGCAUAUGAGUUCGCCAAGAUAAUACCAAACCACAAAUUACGCAUUGUGGAAGGAGCUGACCAUGGUUACUCGAACCACCAAGCUGAAUUAGCUUCAAUAGUUUUAGAGUUCAUAAAGGCAUCCUUGGAGCAGGACAAGGCUGCUUCUAGCUAGGUUCUUCUUUCUAUCAAACAUUGUCAGAUAGAACGGUGAACAUUAAAAUUUUACCAAUAUAUUCUAUGCUAAAGAGCAUGUUUGCUUUUCAUGGUAUGAUAUCAUUGUAUCAAAUGGACAUGAAUAGUAACUUAAUAAUGUAAAGCUCUCUUUAGAAGUGUUUAUGAACUGUGAGAUUUUGGUCC